AUGCAUAAUAUUAAUAAAUUCGAUGGUUCUUCUGAGUCGUUUUAUGUGUCGUUAAAAACAUGGUAUAAGAUUGUUAUUUUAUAUACAAUAACACUUUGAUAUAUUAUAAAGUCUACUGCAGUCGAUUAUAUUAAACUGCAGUACGUUAUUAAUAUGCAUAAUAUUAAUAAAUUCGCAUUGCGUUUAUUAUAGGGUUCUCCUGAAUUAUCGUCCAUCUAAUGAUCUUGAUGCAUUUUGUUUUCGUGACGAUAUUUUAAAUCAUGCAUUGGCUGAUAGUGAGAACAUUUUAGUUGAUAAAGAAGACUUGAUUACACGCAAGAUCGUAUGCCAAACAAUUAGUGAAUUAUUUAUGUCCAGCAAGGUUUGUAUUGUUAAAGCAAAAAAAUCAAGCCAAGUGGACCCUUCGUUUGCAAAACCUAGACGUGCAUGGGGCUACAUUCACUUAGAAAGAAAACAAACGAUGCCAGUUGAAAUGAGGGAAUGCUUAACUGUUGACGAAGAAUGGCAGCAGUUAACGACAACGAUCUCGUCUGUUGCGGCCGAGUACAACUGGCAUGUGAGCAUAAACAUUGAGGGGUUUUCCCUAAGUUGCAUCAAGCACGAGAACUUGAGUUUCAAUGGUCAGAGAGUCCUCACUGAAAUAGUAUUUUCGAAAAUUGAUCAGCACACCAAAAUCGAUUUGAAAGUAAAACGUCACGCGGAAUAUAUCGAUAUUAGCGAUAUUGAAAAUAAAACUGCAGAUAUGCCCAUUAUGGAAAAAGUUCGUUUCGUUAUUUCAUUGCUUUCUAAAUCACCGUUGUGCAUGGGAUUUGACGAUGACGGCAUAGAAAACUUCAACAUCCAGCACAACCGUUAUGUUGUCAAAAAUCUUGUGGAUAUAACUGCUUCUGAAGAAUGUAAAAUUUACUCCACUAAAUGCAAGAUGUUUACAAAUGUUCCUGGAAAAUCUGUUCGUCAUGUAAAAAUUUAAAAAGAUGUGUCGCGCAUGCCAAAACAAGGUUAACAGAAAGAGAAGAAAAUAUUAACAUACAUUCACACUUCAACCAUCGAUACAUGACCCAGGGAGAAAUUGUAAAAAAGCUUGAUAUGCAGAAAGCUGCAAGGAUUCAACAAGAAAUGAUCAACGCUGAACGAGAGUUGAUAGAAAUGUCAAAGGAUGAUCACCAGGACCUGAUUGAGUUGUUCAAGCAGGCUAAUUCUAAAGAUAUCCCUGAAGAUAUGGCUGUUUUGUGGGACCAACAGCAGCAACUUUUGGGUACAGAUUCAAGUAGAGGAUAUAGAUGGCAUCCCAGGUAUUAGUGCUUACCACAUUGAUAAGUGUAUGUUAUCGCACGGUUAGGAGUGCAAUUAAUGAUCGUUUUUCUAUGAGUCUAUGUAAAAAAGGAGCAUGUUUUUAGAAACUUAUGCAUUGUAUUCAAAUUCUUAUGUCAUUCGUUUUCAAAACGGCAAGGUCCAUAAAAUUCGUUAAAAAAUUAUUUUUUUAAAUGUGUUCCUCUUUUAUAUAUCUGAUGUCUGAUGAAAAGUCGCUCAAAAUUUCAUGUUUGAUUAUUAUUGCUGCAUGAUAACAAUCUAGAAUUGAAACACUCGGCUUUGCCUUGUAUCUAUUAUAUAUGCAAACAUAACAUAUGCAAACAUAAAUAUAUUGUGUAUAUCACUUUAAUAGAAUAAUAAACCUUUGUGUGGAACUGUAUUGCAAGAACCCUCAUGUUUUGGACCCUCUCAGAAAAGUGUUGAUCCUACCAAGCAAUCGCACAAUAAGGUAACCUAUAUAUAAUAUAUCAUAACGGUUUUUUUUUUGAAGAUUGAUUUAUUAAAACCACCGUAUUCAUUAUAAAGGAUUUAUAUUAUUAUUUAUUAGAAUUGUAAUACAUGUGACAAUUAUCUACCAUGCCACUGACUUUAUAUAGCAGUGGCGGACAUGCAUGCACUAACGGAUAUAUGAGAAAAUCCCCCUUCCCCACCCCAAUAGCAUGCAAGCGGUGACUGCGUAACAAAGUGCCUGUAACUAUACUUUUUAACCAUUAAAACGUUGGUAGGCAGAAAUUAAACUAUAUAUUCAAAGCAAAAAAAGUCUAAAUUACUAUGUCUAAGACUUAAUUCAGUAAUAGAAUUAGUGAUAUGUUGGCAACCUAAAUUCGCCCCCCUCAAUAUUGCCGCUACUGUCAUGUAUACUACUAUCAUCGUGAAAUUGGUAUUCACAAACUGAAGUGAAUAUUUGGCUUUCAGUUCUUUUUUUCAUAUUCAUAUAUUAUAUAUUAAUGUUAAUAUUUUUUGUAAUAGGUUUUAUAAAAACAAAGUCAAACAAAAACCUGGAUGGGACUGGGAUAUGUUGCUUUGGUGUCUAGAUUAAGCUAAAAAGAACAAUUUACAGGAGCAAGAUUAUUGGGGUGGUUUGAUAUUAGAUGAAAUGAAAAUCCAGGUAAUAUUUAAAACACUAAAAUUAAGAAUAUAUAUUAUCUAGUUCGAGGCGAUUUCCGCUGUACGCGAUAAAUGUGAGUAUCUUUGAACAAAUCGUAUAAGCGCAAUAAUUAAUGUAUAGAGGAGUCCGGCGGUAUGUUCUUCCGAAAAAUGUUUAAUCUAGUAGAGUCUCUAAAAUGUCAUUUCCUGGACUUUGGGGACCCCAAAGUCCAGGAAUUGGGGGAAGAUUUAACGCGGAUUUCUGAUGGCCAGAAAACCGAACAUAACAUAUCAAAAGUUGUUUUCUCGUGGAUUUAUUGACUUUCUGAAUAACAAACUGAACAAGAUUGCUUUAGCUAAUCGUUUUUUGGUCAAUUUGCCGACGAAUCCUUCACUUGCCGUAAUUGCCCGAACCUUGUUUUUGGUGUGUGUGAAGUGGGGGCACACUCCCACAUUCCCCAGUCGCAACGGUCCUGACAACAUUAAUUGAGACUGAAAUGUUUAAUAUUGCUAUUUUCUGGACUAGGAAAACAUUGAAAUGGUUGUCAAAAAUGGUAAGCAUACAUUGGUUGGGAUCGCAGACCUUGGAGAAAUUCACGAUAACAUGACCAAAAUUUCAGGUUAGGUUUUUGAUAUGAAAUUGGAGAUGUUUCGCUCGCUACUCUGGUUUAAUUUAAAAUUAAUACAAUACCAAGGUGAAAUGCGUUAGCUAGCGACUCAUAUUUGCAAAUGCAAUUCGAUUGGAAUCUCCUUAAAUUGCAUGUAAUUGAAACUACAUGAAGAGUAGCGAGUAAAAACAUGUCUGAUAUUUCAUCGUGAACAAACGAACUCUAAUUCUAUAUAAUAAAUUUAUUUAUGAGAUUUAUAGUUGCUACGCUAAUCAAUAGCUGAUUAUAUAGAAAACUAAACAUUUCAGUCUCCAUCUUAAAUUGAAAUUCUAAUUUUUAUAUAUUAAUUAUAUACACGCAUAAAUUAUUUUUCCUUACAAAACCAACAUACAGUAUAAUUAUAUAUUUAAAUAUUUGCUAAAAUUUCCGGCGAACGUGGUUAUUUACAAUAUAAUAUAUUAAGUACACAUUUUAUGUAGGUAAAGAUGGUGAAGUACCGAAAUUGGCCUCUCAUGUCCUGCAGUUUAUUUUUCUUGGAGACAAUGGAUUUAGAUUUCCAGUCACCCAAUUUCCAUCUGGCGGAUGGACCGCAAGUUCUCUCUUUCACAUCUUUUGGGAUGGAGUUCGAAUGAUGGGGGAAAUAGGAUUUCCGUAAGUGGUUAUAAUUUAUUCUGUCAGUUAAAUAUUGAAUAAAAAGUCAAUUUUAUUUCCUCCAAUAAAAUUUUAGUUUUGAUAGUUGUUUUUUUUCCUUACCAUAGUAUCUACUGGUGUAUUCUUGAUGGUGCUGAUAUCAACCGACAAUUUAUUAAAAUUCAUUUUAAAAGUGAAGAAGAAGCUGUUACCAAUCACUUUAUUGCACACAACAUAUAUACUGCAUGGCUGCCCAAUGGUCUUUAUUAUGGAUCCCAAGGUUUGAACUAAAUUUAUAGCUUGUUAUCGCAAACAACGUUGUCAAGCAUCUCAAUUGGGUCCGGGUUACUUGUAUAAGGUGUUAAAAUACUCAUUAAUAAUUUAUAAACCUUGUGGUAAAUCAUGUCAGCCACAGUAUGUCACGUGGAGUGACUUUAUAUAUGAUAAAACUCAUCUCAUUAGCAUUCUUUAUAUAAUUGUUCAUCUUAAUUAGUAUAUGAUUAUAUAAUUGUUCAUCCUAAUUAGUAUUUUUUUGUAGUCGUAUUUUAAGCUAUUCAAAACACGAGUAGGAGUGUUUUAUCAGAUAUAAAACGCUCGGCUGCGCCUCGCGUUUUAUAUCUGAUAAAACACUCCUACUCGUGUUUUAAAUAGUACAUAAUUUGCGCAGUAACCCUCAUUGAGAUGCAUGAAGACAACCAGUCAUAUUCAACUUUUUUUGUAUUUGGCCCAAUAUAUCACGCAGUCAAGCAUGAGAAAUUCCAAAAACAAGUGAACAUUUAAAAAAUAUUUUCACCUUUAUACUUUGUAGCACAAUUUUAAAAAGGUCCGUAACAACAUUCUUAAAAGUUCUUUGGCGACUACAACACCAAGAUGUUUAACCGUCAAUGGAAAACUCAUAUUGUGGAAUCAAUUUGUGGAUGCAUACAAUUACGACCAACGCGAGUUUUCGUUGUCAUUCCACGAGAAACUCACAGAAGAACACUUCAACCUAGACGCAUCUUCAAAAAUGAGAAAUCAUUUAGCUGAAGAUGUUCUGGACAAGAGAAUGUUUUCUCUGAUGAAGGUAAAAUAAGUUGUAUUGUCAUAUAGCAUGCUAUUAAAUUCAAAAAAUUGAUUAUUUAUAUAUAUUUUGUACCUUUUUACUUAAUAUAAUCAAUAUAUUUACUCUAUAUAGGCGUACAAGAAAUAUCUUGACAACAAAGGUCAAGAUGGAAGUUCUCUUGAUUCUACAAUCAAUCUUUUGAUGCAUACUGCUAAUGCGAUCAGUUUAUUUCAAGAUAAACUUGUAAUCACAAGUGCAAGUGAUAAACGAAUAAAGGAGCUGAAGCAAUUCUUGACGUUUAUGCAGUCAUGGAAAGAUAAUUUGGCACUUUCAGAUAAAGGAUCAAUACAAUCAAACGAGUUUAUUUCAUAUAAAUUAUGGUUUGACAUCCAGUCUAUGGUAUUGGGUUUUGAUUCUUUAGUAAAAAUUAAACUCGAAGCGUAUCCACACUCAAUUAUAAAGCCAGCUAUAAUCAACCAAGAUGUUGUAGAGAACCAUUUUUGUCAAGUGCGAGCAUGUAACGGACAAAACAAUAACCCUACUUGGCGCUUACAAGAGUCAGCACAAAAUUCAAUUCGGUAUGGGCAAACAACGAUUUGUCGAAAAAGUAAUGCUGGAUCUAGUCGUUAG